UAUAUUGAGAGCAAAAUGACAAAUGAUCUGGGUUUGUGUUUAACAGCUCAACAAAUCAGGAGCGUGAGAGGAUAUUCAGGAGGAAACAUCAUUAUAAACUUCAAAUAUGAGGAGAAACACAAGAACCAUGAGAAAUAUGUCUGUGAAUCUAGAGCAGAUCAAUGUUUGACUGUAAUAAACACUAACAGAGCAGCAGAAUGGAAACAUGUCGGACGAUUCUCCGUUCAUGAUGACGGAUCUGCAGGUCUCUUACGUCUGUUUAUCAGAGAGCUGAAUGAGAACGACUCUCGAGAAUAUAAGAUUACAGUCAAAGUUUCUGAAGAAUACAGUUUCUUCUCUGAGUUUAAUCUGGACAUCAGAGACGAUGAUUGUUGUGUGAAGAGCAUCAGUCUAUCAGCUGCUGCAGGAGGAUCUGUGAACAUCAGCUGCAAAUACCCACAAUCCCACAGUAGAGAUGUGAAGUUUCUCUGCUGGAGAUCUGGAGAUGAUCUCUGUGCUGAAGAGACGUCUGUGAAUCAGAGCAGAAGAUGGAGUCCUGAGGGAAAGAUCCGGCUGUAUGAUGACAGAGAAGAGCAGCUCCUGAUGGGAUGCAUCAGUCAUGUGACUGAACAACAUUCAGAAUACUGGUGUGGAGUUCAGUCUGAUCAAGGACACAAGAGCUUCAUCACACGAGUCCUGAUCAGAGUUACAGGGACAUCAUCAUCACCACCACCACCACCAACAUCAUCAUCAUCAUCAUCAUCACCAUCAUCAUCACCAUCAUCAUCAUCUGCUGCUUCUUUCUCAUCAGUUCAAUCUUCAGCGUUCACAAGCGCUUCCAGAACUUCUACAUCACUGGCGUCUCUGAACACAUCAUCAGGCUCUUCUUUGAUCGUCCCUCUGGUUCUGGUUCUUCUGGUUCUGAUCAUCGCUGGACUCUCUUUACUGUUUCUCUGUAAGAAGCAUCAGUCUCGAGGCAGUGAUUCAUCAUCUCAGACUGGACCAGGAGAACAUGAAGUGGUUUCUCACACUGGUUGUGAUUACGAUGAGAUUAAAGACACUCACAAACAAUUACCCACAAACCCUUCUGUUUCUUCUGACUUUCUAUAUGCCACUGCCCAGUUACCCACAAACCCCUCUGUUUCUUCUAACUGCGUUUACACUACAGUUCAGAAAGCCACUGGUGACUCUCAGUGCUGCAUCACAUCUGCUGAGGAUCUGAAUUACACUGUGGUAAAUUUCCACAAGGAAUCAGACAGUGUCAGUAUCAGGAAUAAUCAGGAUUACAGUCAAUAUGCUGCUGUCAAUCAUCUCACUGCUUGACGAGCCACAGCAGAGAAUAUAAAUGAGCUGAAUGUUUUUAAUCACCUUUUUUUGGCAUUAGGUUUGUAUGUUUGGGGUUUUUUGUUUUUUUGUUAGUCUUCCUCAGUGAUGCUCCUUUGCCUUAUAUUUUAGGGCCUGUGGAAAUUAGAGAGGAACUGGCUUUGUAUGUGUUUGACAAACUUGAGCAUUAGGAGUGUUACAGAAAGACGCAUUCAACGUAUGCACACUAUCUAGUAGGCUCUCAAGUCAUUCAUGUAAGCACUGCACCACACGCGCCCCCUUCUGGAUUGUAGAGUGCAUCGCUUGUGACUGAUUGUAUUCGUUGUCCGACUGUAUGAACCAAACUGUGACGUCCAUUCCGUACAGUUUGGGACGAAUACAUGUACCAUUACACCCCUAAUAUUGAUAUAUCAUUUAUUUUCCUAUUCACUUGUUGUGUUUCCCAAACUGUGUAGUAAACAUACUGUAAGUCCUGGUGUCCUCUACAGUGAACAUGGCUUUCUGUUUCGUAACAGAAAGUCAUAUUUUAUUUGAAACCCCAUAACAUUUUCCUGAGAUGUUUAUUUAUGACAAUUUAAAAUUUAACCAGAUUUAAAUGAUAAUUUAUUACAAAAUAUUGUCAUGUUUCCAUAAGUGUUAAUUUGAUCACUAAAUUAAUGUCAGUCAUUUUUAAAGACCAAGGAGAGGCAGCUGUCAUUGUGAAACUUUUGGUAUUUCUGAAACAAGGACUCAUGAACAACUAUCACAACACUAAAAACAGUUGUGGAUCAUCCUGGAAAAACAACAACAGUCACAAAGUUCACUUUUUUUCCACAGCACUGUGAAUACUUAAUGAAUUACUGGGACCUUUAAAUAAGACGCAAACUUUUCACACAGAACAUUAAACGUUUACCUGAAACUUCUUAUCUAGAUGUCUAUAAUUAGCUGUUUGAUACUGCGUGUGUCUACAUGAGAGAUGUGGAAAAAAUGAGUCUGUAUGCUUUUUUAUUUUAUUAUUAUAUAUAGAACAAGGAACAAGAACAUGUGGGAUACAGAGAAGAAGAAAAAAAGAAAAAAACAUAAAAAUUGUGCUAUAAUACAGGAUGUUUUCAAAGCUUUUUAAAUGGAGGAGAUUUUUUGAAAUGAUGACAAUAGUAACUGUAAAUCAUAAACAAAUACUUAGGUAUCUUGCUUUAUGAAUAUGGUAUACUAAUCAUACAAAUAAAGUUUAAGACAUCGUCUAGCUCUUUAUUUUCAGAA